GGCGGCGGAUGCAACCAUGUCCUGGGGGGAAGCCCACCCCUUUGAAUCGCUUCCUAGUGAUUAUAAUCGUAAGACGAAGGGGAAGUUAUGCCGAUGACGCGGCGCUCCAGGCGCCCAAACAGACAUAAAAAGGCCAUAGUGGCCUCUCUCAAUGUGAUGUCCAGACUCAAGAAGCCUGCAGUCGCAUCAAGUCUUGUUCAAGCGCCCAAGAGUUGCAAUCCAACAUUAUGGUUUUUAUCGUCAGCUGCAUCUCAUCAUCAUAAAAUCACCAUGUCGACCAAGGCACCAGAAGACCCUACCUUUCGGUCUUUUGACCGUAAACAAGGCGAAAAAUAUGCCCAAGCCCGUCGUGACUACCACCCUCUGCUGUAUUCGAUCGUCCUCGACUACCACACGUCAACAGGGGGCAAGUUUGACACGGUCCUCGACGUCGGCUGCGGGCCCGGCAGGGCUACGCGCAGUCUGGCGGCACACUUCAGCCAAGCCAUUGGUAUUGAUCCAUCUGACGGGAUGAUCGCAACGGCGCGGUCCCUUAGCGACAGCUCUUCAGCCUCCGAGCCAGUCCGCUUCGAGGUGUCGACGGCCGAAGAGCUAGGGUCGCGACUCUCGCCACCUAUCUCCGAGGGAAGCAUUGACCUGAUCACUGCUGCCACGGCCGCUCAUUGGUUCGAUAUGUCUGCCUUCUGGCCGCAGGCUGCCCGGAUGCUCAAGCCAGGCGGCAGCGUGGCACUUUGGACCAGCGGCGGUGUCCUCGUUGAUCCGUCGAUGCCCAACUACCAAGCCAUACAGGCUGCCAUCGACAAGCUCGACAACUCCGUCGAAGACUACCGCGUGCCAGGCAACCUGCUUACUCGCCACCUGUACGCCGCCCUGCCGUUGCCAUGGACACUCGAAAAGCCAGUGCCAGAGUUCGACCAGGCCACUUUCAUGCGAAAAGAGUGGAACACGGGCGGGUUGUCUGACGGAGGUGAGGUCGUGAACUUCACCUUCUACGACAACGAUAAACCGGUCGACUUGAACACACUAGAGAAAGUUCUGGCCACGUCGAGCCCCGUCAUUCGCUGGCGUGAGGCCCACCCCGACGCGGUUGACACCGAGCGCGAUCUCGUGCGAAUCAUGAGGACUGAGAUUGAGUCGGCACUCCGUGAAGCUGGCGCGGAUCCCGAUACGACAAUGAUGAAGGGGAGUGUGUCCGGUGCUCUCUUGAUGGUCAAGACGAAGGUUUAAUUAGCCAUGGAGUUACCAAGGGAGAAACUGAGAGUCCCAGCUGCACGACUCUUCGAAUUAAAGGUAGCUGGCGACGCUGUGUACCUAAUUAUUUAGUCAACAUUCCCAUUAAUUAACAACAAGGGAAGAUUUUUGUAGCAAGUAAUUCAACAUUAGACUGUUCCGGU